GAUCUUCCUCGAGAUUUUGAAGCAUCAACUGCGCCAGCCUAUCCACACACUCAAUAUGUCUGGCAUCGAUGAGCUUGACCCAAGCUCUAUUCCCGCCGAGUUCUUGAAAGAGGGUCCUGAUUGGGUAGCCGCCUUCAAUCCACGCGUCCAACGCGUCAUGGAUGUAAAGUUAGAAAAUAAGUUCAUUCAUGACAAGGUGGUCUGCAGCGUGAGGUUUUCGGGUGACACGAGAUACCUCGCUGUUGGAGUUGAUAAUGGCGUGAGCCUGUACGACAUGAGCACAGGAGGUACGAUUGUGUUGCCAUUCGAUCACGCAGGCGAUGUACCAGACCGGGAUUAUGUGCGCAGCGUUUCUUUUAGCCAUGAUGGCAGAUCCUUAGCCGCGGGAUGCGAGGACAAGUCAGUUCGCGUAUGGGACCUGGAGAGUAAGCAGCUCGCACACACGCUCUCUGGUCACCGUCGUGAAGUCUAUGCCGUUGAAUUUUCUCCCGACGGGAAAACUAUUGUGUCGGGCUCUGGUGAUCGUACGCUUCGUCUGUGGGAUCUCACUGCCCCUUCUCCAUCUGAGUCUAGUCGCACACUUGUCGUGGAAGAUGACCUCAGUAAAUCCGACACGGGAAUCACCGCACUUGCCAUCUCUCCGGAUGGCGAUUUUGUAGCUUCAGGCGCGCUAGACGGGUCGGUUCGCAUAUGGAAUAUCAAGAUGGAGGAGCCGAAGGCCAUCGUUCGUUGGCAGGCGCACCAGCAAAGUGUGUACAGUGUCCGAUGGGUAUUGCAAGGCAAAGGUCUUAUCACCGGAAGUCUGGAUCGGACGCUGAAACGGUGGGAGAUCGGCGUAGUCGGGGAAAACGGAGGGAAGAACGAGUGUGUAAAAACAAUGGUCGGCCAUAGGGACUAUGUGCUAGCGACGGCAACGGUGCAGGAAGGAUAUAUGCUUCGUGCUGCGUCAGCGUCCAGAGACGGGACCGUGCGCUUGUGGGACUUGAAGACAGGACAAGCACUGUUCUUCAUACAAGGGCAUACCAACACGGUGACAUCCGUCGACUUGAGCUCGGAUGGAAAGUUCCUAGCGUCGGGGAGUGGUGAUGGCUCGGCACGCAUCUGGAGCUACACCCUCAUCUAAUGGAGCCUAACUGAUGUUAUACCCAUUUCCAACUUCAUACUCUUCACUGGGAUGUACGGUAGGCCAUUUAUCCCUAAGAUGUUGUAACAU